AACACGCCGUGAUCUAUAUUGUAACACACCUUAACGCGCGACAGCACGCAUUGUGUUUUUAUUACUUUACUCUUAAUGAAAUAAAAUUAAUUGUGUAAGUAGUUAACUUGUGUAAGCUAUGAAAACUGUGGCACUUUGCGUAAUAUUUAUUAGCUGUUUUACGCUUGGAGCUUGUCACAUUUUACCAAGCAUACCUCCACAGUUACUGCCAUGUUAUGCCAAUGGAGCUCCAGAUUUAGUGGCCCCUCGGCGCUUAGAUGUAUUCCUGUCAUUAAUAAAAAAACUUGAAUUAAACGCGCAACUUGACAUGAGAAUGUUGAGUACAGCGUUAUUGAGAAGUUUGCGGUUGGAUGGUAUUGAACAGGCAUAUGCUACUGCCGUACAAACAGACUUUAUCCUCCCAUUUAGAGCUUCAGGAUUUCAAUUCCAUAAAUACAAAUUACUGAUGGAUAUAUUCUUGCCGAGCCAGAAUCUCAUUGAUGUUGACGACUUGUUCACUCUGUCUGAGAAGUGUCUCAUGCAUCGAAUGCUAAGUUCGACGGUGAGACAGUGGGAGAGAGGAGAUGAGAAUAUCGUGUGUCCAGUGUCCGCUCAACAGUCGCAGAACAUGGCUACGCAAAGCAACAGUAGUAUUCACAGCAGAUGUCCAAUAGAAGACGGGGUUGUGCAGACUGAUUGGGGCACCAUAGCCCCCGGGACACUAGUAUCCGCUAUCGCUGCCUCAUUAGAAUAUCAACGUGUGAUGGUAACAGACAUAUUGAGCGCCAACAUUUUCAAAGAAGAUGUAGCUGAACAAUUGAUUGAUUCCGCAAUGCAAGACUGGUAUGAUGAUAUAGAAACUUUGACUGAACAAACUCAAAAACAAAGCAUGGAAUCUGUUGAUAUUGGUAAUGUGUGGGUCGCUACGCUUGCUGGUGAUCUAGCAGAAGUGGUGGUAAAUCAAGGACCGAGGGUAGGAUCGGUGUCGCAGCGGAUGGUGGUCGGCAGUAACAACAGAUGGAACGACACGUUGCUGCCUCGACAUUAUUACAUGUUUCCGCAGAACAGCUCUAUUAUUGACUGGCAUUUCACUGACGCCGAAAUUUUAGCCGGUCUUGAUGGCUUAAUAUUAGCCACCUAUGUACCAAAAUGGGUAGAACAAAGGCGCACUCUAAGGCUGUCUCACAUAAUCGAAAUGUAUUACUCUAAUGAAGGCGUUUCAUUUGACACCACUGUAAAGGCUUGCAACAGGCAAAACCUACUUCACAGUAUACUGAACAGUUCAGACCUUCAAACAGAAGCGUCCAGGUUUGCUCAUGUUUUAUCGCUGCGACAAAUUACUGUGUACAUACCUAUUGAAGAAAUGGAACGGAUUACCGAAGCAGCAGUAACGGCAUUUACUACUUAUCUGCCGACGCUCUUAAGGCAGAAUCAUCGCGACUGUUCUGUGGGACGCAGUAUUCCAGUAAUGGACUUAGUGAUAGCAACUGACGGCGCUUGGAAAGGUUACGAUGUGGAGGAAUUUAUAUCUUGGAUCGGUGGUGCAGUUGAACUGAAUUUAUUGCAGAGUACAGUUUCAUUGAUACACGGAAACACUGGUGGAUGGAUAGCGCCGCCGUCAAACAAUUUAACUGCACUGUUUUCACAUAUUCAUAAUUUCGCCGAGGAAUGGCCCAAUCGCCUUAACCUGCCAAACAUAAUAUCGAGUGUGAUUCAGUACUCGUUGAACAAGACGCUCGCUGAUAUAUCAAAUCGAGAUAGUGCAGGGCCGAGUACAGUUGUGCUCAUUAUCAGUCCAAGCGACCGACCCUCUGCGACAGAAUUGGAACGGUCUCGCACCCUCAUGUCAACACUCAGAUCAAGUUACUUCGAUGUAUACUUCGCGUAUGUCGCCCAGGAUGUAGGAGACUUCCAGAACAUUAACAACGAGUACCUCGAUUAUUCAGAGCUGUUUAUAACGGCCAGAUCUACAGCAGUCAGCGACGUUAUCGAUUCAGUGGACACUUAUUUGGUUAAAAGCAAUAUACCGAUAAGGAUAAUGGGCGCCCAAUGUCCCUUCAAUGGUUCAGUUUUCGAUCAAAUCGAGUAUGAGGACUUCGUACUACCUGGCCGCCAGACUUUCUACCGCAUACAUCCUUUUUAUUUGAGACAACAAGCACUUACUCAAGUACAGUUUCGUAAUGAUGGGCAAGGACAACUACUGGCGUGUAUGUGGCGCGGGGCCGACACAUCGCACAACUGUCAGACAAUCAGCGAAAGGGGGAUCCACAUCUUCAACAUGACUACGCCUUGUGCAUCUCCAGAGUUUUGUCUGCCUGCUCAUUUCGUAAUAACUUCAAUUUCGACACAGAAUAUGUGUGCCCAUAAUGAUUGCCGACUACCGAAUCAGGUGGGAUAUUACAUAAGUCACACGGGUCUUCGAUGUCUGCCUCUAAAAGGAUCAGCAACGGUAGUCAACAUUCUUACAAAAUACAUUUUGUUUCUUUCUCUGACAAUUAUUUACUUAAGCUAAAAAAUAAAUUAUUAUAAAAAAAAAA